AUGUUGGGUCCUCAGGAAGACAAACUAUGUGGAUUGCUUUCUGCUCUGACGGUGCUGUCGUCUAUCUGCUUCGUACAAUGCACAUCCACUGGAUCUGGAAUAUCUGUGGCCAAGACGACAGUGGACAAACUGCUGAAGGGGUAUGACAUCCGUCUGCGGCCAGAUUUUGGAGGUCCCCCAGUCAUUGUGGGAAUGAGCAUAAACAUCGCCAGCAUCGACUCCAUCUCGGAGGUCAACAUGGACUACACCAUCACCAUGUAUUUCCAACAGAGUUGGCGGGACAAGCGACUGGCCUAUGUGGAGAUGCCGCUCAAUCUGACCCUGGACAACCGUGUGGCUGAUCAGUUGUGGCUGCCAGACACUUAUUUCCUGAAUGACAAGAAGUCCUUCCUGCAUGGCGUGACGGUAAAGAACCGUAUGAUCCGGCUCCACCCUGACGGCACGGUUCUGUACGGGCUGAGAAUAACCACCACGGCUGCGUGUAUGAUGGAUCUGAGGAGAUACCCCCUGGACGAACAGAACUGCACCCUGGAGAUUGAGAGCUAUGGAUACACCACAGAUGACAUUGUGUUCUUCUGGCAAGGUGGGAAGAACGCUGUAACAGGUGUGGACAAACUGGAGCUGCCGCAGUUCUCCAUUGUGGAGCUACAUCUUGUGUCCAGAGAAGUGAGGUUUACCACAGGUUCGUAUCCCCGGCUGUCGCUGAGUUUCCGCAUCAAGAGGAACAUUGGCUACUUCAUCUUGCAGACCUACAUGCCCUCUAUCCUGAUCACCAUCCUGUCCUGGGUCUCCUUCUGGAUUAACUAUGAUGCCUCCGCUGCUCGGGUGGCCCUGGGGGUUACCACGGUGCUCACUAUGACAACCAUUAACACCCACCUGCGGGAGACCCUCCCAAAGAUCCCCUACGUGAAAGCCAUUGAUGUCUACCUCAUGGGCUGCUUCGUUUUCGUGUUCCUGGCCCUGCUCGAAUAUGCCUUCGUAAACUACGUGUUCUUCGGACGAGGACCCCAGCAGCAGAAGAAAAUCAACGAGAGGCUCAACAAAGCCAACAAUGAACGUUCCCGUUACGAGGACAAACGUCUGAGAGAACAGGACUCCAUUUCAGCGCCGUUUCAAACCAACACCCUCAGGUCAUAUACACAACGAAGAAAUCUGUAUCUCGAGGAACAAAGAAAAGUCGGGGUGGAUGCUUACGGCAACAUCCUGCUCACCACCCUGGAGAUGAACAACGAGGUGAUGCCGUCAGACGUGGGCAGCAGCGUGAGCGACUCACGGAACUCCGUCAUGUCCUUCGACAGCUCCGGCGUGCAGUUCCGCAAACCCAUGGCCUCGCGGGACGGCUUCGGCCACCACUCGCUGGACCGCAGCGCCAUGCGCAGCCGUGCCAACUGCCGGCUACGGAGGCGCUCGUCCAAGCUCAAGCUCAAAAUCCCCAACCUGACGGAUGUCAGCACCAUUGACAAGUGGUCCCGGGUGAUUUUCCCCAUCACGUUUGGAUUCUUCAACCUUAUCUACUGGUUGUACUACGUGAAUUGA